UAUAGUAAGCGUCAAGGUCAAUCAUACAUUACACACUGAGAGGCUGAGGUACACAACACAGAUUUUUCAUCAUAGAGAUAAAACUUUUUGCAAAAUUCAGAAACAAAACCACACAUUGUAUGCAUAUAUCUCUAAUUCAGGGUUUCCCUUAUUUCUCCUGAAUUUGGAAUUGAUGUCUCUGUUUAAUGCUUACCCCAUUUUUGAACUUGGUAAAGAUGCAGCUGGAAUUGCUGGUAACAUCUUUGCAUUUGGGUUAUUUGUUUCCCCAAUACCUACAUUUAGGAGAAUUAUCACAAAUGGGUCAACGGAAUUGUUCUCAGGAUUGCCAUAUAUUUAUUCUCUAUUGAAUUGCUUGAUUUGUUUGUGGUAUGGAACUCCUCUUAUAUCAAUUGAUAAUCUCUUGGUUACCACCGUUAAUUCAAUUGGAGCAGCUUUUCAGCUUGUGUAUAUUCUCUUAUUUUUAAUCUAUGCUGAGAAACCAAGAAAGGUGAGAAUGUUUGGAUUAUUGCUGGCGGUUUUCGGUAUAUUUGUUGUCAUACUGGUUGGGAGCUUGAAAAUAAGUGAUAGUUCUAUGCGCCGAAUGUUUGUUGGAUGCUUGAGUUGUGCUUCUCUGAUUUCAAUGUUUGCAUCUCCGUUGUUUAUCAUUAAUUUGGUCAUUCGCACUAAGAGUGUUGAGUUUAUGCCAUUUUUUCUUUCGCUUUCGACGUUCUUAAUGAGCGUUUCCUUCUUUCUUUAUGGAUUACUCAGUGAUGAUGUCUUCAUUUAUGUACCAAAUGGGAUAGGUACCGGUUUGGCAAUGAUACAAUUGGUAUUAUACUUCUAUUUCAAGAGAUCAUCUUGCGAUGACUCAAGAGAACCCUUGAUAGUUUCAUAUGGAUAAUUUGUAUUUCUGAGUGAUGAUGACAAGGGCAAAGGUAAACACACUAUUUGUGACUAUGAAUCAUCAUUAUCUUCCUCGGUCAGUGUGAGUUGAUUUUCGGAAAUUAGUCUAAGAUAUUCAUUAUGUGCGAAAUAUUCUGCGUGAGUUGACUGGCAGAAUAUAUAUGGUUUUGAUAAAAAGAAGUUAAUCCAUUCAUUUCGUAUGGAUAUUUGAAUUUUCCCUCUUAUCCUAGUUAAUGACAUUCCUUGCAUUGUCUUUUGUCACCAUUUUGUUUUAAUUGUCAGAAUGGAAAACUUUCAUGAAAUGAAUGGAUGAAAUAUGUUAAAAACCUUAUGAUAUUGUAAGCUAAAGCCACGAUAAUGCCAUUCAAAACUCUUGAAAUUCUUGAUAUAUGUAUCCAAUUUUUUCUGUACCAGAAGAGUAAAAAUCCAUCUCUCUUUUGCAAUUGUUUUGGGUAGAAAAGAUAAUAUGCUCACUAAUAGGCCCAUUAAGAUUGAUACGCCCAUAAUGAGGAACUGAGACGAGGUGUUUUGAGGGGCAUGAAAGAGUUAUGUUUUGUGAAAUAAGGUUGUGAAUGUGCUAUUGCUAUGGAAAUCAUUAUAAUAGAAAAUGCAUGAUUGAAUGCAAGGAAAAAACUGCAGUUUCUGUGACUUGAUAAUUAUGUUAUCAGAGUAAUAUGAUAAUUUUCGGCACGAAAAAAAAGAGUGAUAGGAAAAUUUCAUUGGAGUAAAACCUCAGUGUCUAUUUGAUACAACUAAGAGCCAAAAGAAAGAGCCAGUAACAUAAGUACUAUAGUAAAUCUUUUAGGGUAGUUCUCACUGUAAUAAUAUCUAUUUCUUCCUGCACAAAAAAAAAGAAGUUGAAGUUAGAAAUAACAGAUGCAGCAAAUAUGUUGUCCGAAACUAGAGGCUGCAAGUUGCAACAUUGAUUUGAUUCAAUAUCUUGGAACAAAUCUGUUGCAUUCUACAGAGUGAUAAGUUACUACCUCCGUCUCUAAAUAUAUGAUUUUCAGCAGUUUGAUGUUAUAGAUCUACACGACUACCAGUGAUUCUCACAUUUGUGUUGCCUAAAUAUCAUUAUUUUCAAGGGAUAAUUAAGCAGUCAAAUAGCUCUUGUGUCAUUCUUUUCAAUUUUCAUCUUUGUUAAAGCACUCUUAAAUCAAUAGUGUUUAUAGGAGCAUACAUAUUUUAUAUAUCUUAUCUGCAACAUUAUAUGAAAGUGAUAAUUGAUUAAUUACCUGUUUAGAAAUUUCCAUGCAUUGUGUCUCAUUCACAGAAUCAUUUAGCAAUUUUCCUUUUUCAUCAUAGAGAAUAAGGCCACUAAAACUUGGAAGCUCACAUUUCUCCCCUCUUAGUAUUGGUCUUUGCCACACUGCUGAUGCUGAAUCAUGACUAACACUUUUCCAACCACUUUCAACACCAUUCCUUUCUAAGCUUCCAAGCAAUGGAGAUCCUCUCUCUCUCUGCCAUCCAAUAUUCUCUUCCAGUUUUCUCGCUCUGCUCCACACCAUUGACUCCAUCAACACCCUUUUCACUGAAAUCCAUCCACAGUUUGACUCUAACCAUUUUGUAGAAUCAGUAGUUGUAGUAGUAGCAUUUGUCGUAGUGGUAGUAG